AUGUCUCAAAUAGACAACCCAAACAGUGUCUCAUCGCCGGUCCCUCGUCCUCCUCUCCUCGCUGGCCGGGUGAGAAGGAUGGCCUUGUCAAUCGUCCUUCGCUCGUUGUCUCAAGCCAGGGAAACAGCCCUCGCGACCCAUUCCCAUGUUAUCCAUCGGCCUCCCCCUUUCAUCAAAAAAGAAAUAGCCCUCCCAUGGCGUCUGGCGGAAGAACGUAAGCCCGUCGAGGAUCGUGCCGCUAUUUCUCGAUCCACGAAUCGACAUCGAGGGAUGUACGAGCCUAAUUGGCUACUUUGUGGAGUUGAGCCGGGACGUGGGGAGGGGGGAUUUGAACUUCAGAGCUGGUUAGUUAGAGGCUGA